CGCUAUGGGAUGAUCGAUUAAGCAUGUGCUAGUAGUGUGGAGAUUUGUUGUCGUGCCUAUCGUAAGGCAGUUUCGCCCCUCUUAGAAACCCGCGCAAUAACCUCUGGACUGAUUCUUGUCUCAAGGAAUUGAUGAACCAGGGAAAUGGAGAAUGAUAUAGGUUUUGUAGCCGCUGUAGAGGAAGCAAAAGCCGGCGCUCAGGAAGGUGGUGUUCCCAUUGGAGCUGCUUUGGUUUCAAAAGAUGGAAAGAUAUUGGGCCGUGGGCACAAUAUGAGAUAUCAAAAUGGUAGUGCCAUCCUUCACGGUGAAAUGUCGGCGCUUGAAAAUGCUGGCAGACUACCGGGCUCAGCGUACAAGGGAUCCACCAUGUAUACCACCCUCUCACCAUGCGACAUGUGCACCGGCGCCUGUAUCAUGUAUGGCGUAGCGCGAGUUGUUAUCGGAGAGAACGAAACGUUCCUUGGCGGUGAAGACUACCUCAAAAAGCGAGGCAUCGAGGUCAUCAACCUCAACAAUUCAGAGUGUAAGCAGUUGAUGGCCCAAUUCAUUCACGAUAAGCCCCAGCUCUGGUAUGAAGAUAUUGGCGAAUAAGCAUAACGCGUUCAAGUAUAUGUCCGCUGAACAGCAUCUCAGAUGUGUAGUGAGUGGAAUGUAUUUAAAUAGACCGUUUUCAUUCCCGAAUGAUGAUUUUUUAUAUGGAAUGGCAGCUC